AUGAGAGGAGCAUACCACUACCAAGGCCGCGGGGGCUUCUCGCACUCUCCGCAAUACCCGCCACAGAACCAAUAUUCACCUCCAGGCCAGUCACCUUAUCAAGGGGGUAGGGGGGCGUGGAACGGGCAGCCGUAUCCUAAUCAGGGAUCUCCCAUGCAGGGCUUCUCGCCAAACCAGUCGCCAUAUAACCAAAAUUACUCGCCUGGGUACUACCAGAACCAGGGCCAGUCGUACGCUCAACCGGGCUUCCAAGGCAGUCCCUAUCGAGGAAGCGGAUAUCGAGGCAACCACUUCAGUGGUCCGGACCGACGCACGUCAGGACCUGCUCCCAAUCCAGCCUUGGGCAUGCAGGGCGGGCGUGGGCGAGGCGCAACGCCGACGCAAUUCUCGAACCUCUCCUGGACUCCAGCAUCAGGCACACGAGGUGGUCGCCCUGCCACCGAAGCUCCACGUCAACAGCCUCCUACUGUCGUUCAGGCAUCUGCAGAGACUCCGUCCACAGCCGUUGACGCUGACGACAAUCCGUUCCGGCCGUCCAAGGACCUGCGUGUAGAGGAUGAGGGCCCCAAGGCAGAGAAGAACGCAGUAGUUUCAUCAAAGCCAGGUCCUGUUACUCCUACCCAGCCAAAGUCAGGGUUCAGCUUUUCUCUGAAAACAAAACAUCCAGUGCCUCCAGCUGCGGUCAAGCCCAAAGUGGAAUUGGAAGAGCCUGAGAAGCCAGAACCAUCCACCAAACAAUCUUUGCUUGAUCCAAAAGCCAAGGAUGCGUCGACACGAGUUGAGCCCAGGAAUGACAGGGACCGGGACCAUCGGGAUAGAGAACAUGAUCGUGAGCGUGAGCGCGAGAGAGAGCGAGAGCGAGAUCGUGAGUUUCGAGACAGAGACCGUCGGUACGACGACCACUACGAUCGAAGACCCGCCUAUCGUGACCCUCGCGACCGAGACCCUCGCGACACGCGCGACCCGCGAGAUACGUAUUACCGCGAUAGGGAGAGAGACUACCGAGAUCCACGAGACAGAGAUCUUCGC